AUGCUCAGAGACUUACAAUUACAAACAUCUGUAAUAGAUCUGUACCUAUUUCGCCCGCUAAAAAACUUGAAAGUUUUAAAUUUAUCUGGAUCUGAUUUCACACCGCGAGCUUAUUUUUACUAUCCUGAAAAUCUCCGGAUACUGGACAUAACCAAAUUAGGAGUUAAGGACGCGGAUAUUUCACGACUGAAAUUUUUACAACAACUGCAUGCUAAGGAUAAUCAGCUGCUCGAGUUUCCAAUACCGCACGAAAAUGCUAAUCUGACAUUUGUUAAUUUGGAAGCAAACAUGUUGGAGACUUUAACUCAUAUGAGACUAGCGCUUUCGUGUAAACUUCUAUUUUUAAAUGUACGACUGCACCCAGAUGCUAAAAUAAUUUCGAGUGAAUCGAGACUCUGCCUUUGUAAGCGUGCGAAUUUAUGGAUAACCUCGUUCAAAAUAAAAGGAGAAAUACUUCCGUGCAAACCAGCAGCUACUGAUGAACAAUGUGAUGAAAAAUUUUCAGACGAAGCUUUAUCGGCACUCAACGAAUGCAAAACGAGAGAUGAUAAGAAGACUUCGAGUUCUUGGAUUUACUUUGUGUUGAUUGUAAUAUUUGUGUUAGCCUUGAUUGGAUCUUCAGGGGCUGGAUAUUAUUUUUAUACCACUAAAAUAAAACCAGCUUCAUCAUCAUCAGGUUGUGGAAUUAUCCUGUUUUAUUUCCCUUUCAUCUUCGGUCAUCGUUUCUGUUCGGUUACUUAUAUAAACGAAGUUUACACCGCGAAUUGUGCAUACAGAGGUCGAGUAGUAGUUCCUCGAGAUUUAGAUCCCAGCAUCAAAGUUUUGAUUCUGUCCCACAACAACAUCGAACUCGUAGACGAAGAUUGUUUAUCAAAUUACGAAAAUCUAGUCGAACUGUACCUGAACGAUAAUACUUUAUUGAAUAAUUCAUUCCAUAAGAACGCUUUGUUAGCUUUGACCAAUUUGAGAAUUUUGGAUAUCAGUUUUAUUCGAUAUUACAUCCCGUUCGAUAUAAAUUGGCCUUCGUGGAUUGAGAAAUUAUCCAUAAAUAAGAACAGAAAUCAACACAGAAUUGAUCUUUCGGCAAUUUUCGAUCUAAGAAUUCUAAAUGCUAUCGAUUGUUCGUUAUCGUAUUUCCCAGUGUUUAACGAAUCGGCUUCAGUUGAAGAGAUAAAUUUAUCGAAAAAUUCGUUGAAUUAUUUUUCCGUCGGAGAUUUAGCGUCGUUGUGCCAGCUUCAAGUUUUGCACCUAAGGUGGACGGCGGAAAGCACUUUGAAUGGAUCGAAAAGAUGGUGCGAUUGUUUGAAAAUUGAUACGUGGGUAAAGCAACGACAGAUACAGGCGACUGAAUUGAAUUGUUCGAUUCCAGGUUUCAUAUUUGAAAUAUUGAUCUGGAGAAAAAGAAUUUCGGCGAAUAAUAGCAAUGUGUGUGAUAUCAGUGUGCAAACUGGAUUUUCAACAGCAAACUGCUCAUCUCGUCAACUGGCAGAUGUGCCACAAGAUUUAGACGAUAAUAUCGAAUUUCUGUUUCUAAUCAACAACACAUUCGUACGACUGGACGAGACAUCAUUCUCCAGAUACCCAAAACUAGUCCUUCUAUCGCUACAAAACACCACAUAUCUCGAUAAAUCAGAUCCCAUAAAUUAUUACACAUUUCGUCCUCUGAAAAAAUUAGAAUUACUCAUACUCAACGAAAUAACCACUCCGUUUAAUUUCUCAUUCCAUUGGCCUCCUUCUUUGCGAUUAAUAUCGGUCAACCAUAACGAAUAUAUUACCGAUAUAGAUGUAUCGGGGCUCAGAAAAUUACAAGAUUUACACGCCCUCACCUACACUCUACGUGAUUUUCCUAAAUUCCAUACCCUUUCCCCUUUAUCUUUCGUGGAUUUACGAGGUAACCCGAUGGAUAGUUUGACAGCUGAAGAUUUGGCACCUUUUUGUUCGUUGAAUUUUAUAUCUUUGGAAUGGCCCAAGAAUGCUGUGAUUAAUGGUUCUGAUAGAUAUUGCCAGUGUCAGCGGUUAGAGAAAUGGAUAGAUCAGUUUCAUAUUGGUCAUCAUGGACCUUUGAAUUGUACUCCUUCGUAUGACCCUGAUGCGGAACCUUGCGAUUUAGAAUAUUCUGAGGAUACAUUAAGCAAACGGAGAGAUUGUUUGAGUCGAAUGGCAAAAUCUUCGGUUUCGAUUUGGUUUUGGGUCAUUUCGUGUGUUUUGAUGUUUGGACCUCUUAUUAUUGUAACUUUCAGAGAGACAAAAGCACAUCGACGAAUGAAUCUGAAUUCUACCACUACAACUCGUCAACCUGGAAAAUACCCCAACGUCGAACUAAUGAUCGACAUCGACGAAGACUUCGUAGACGAAGACGAACAAGAACUCGAGCUUUUCGAUAUAAACACCUUUAACGAAAACCCUUCAAAACCAGACAAAACAGCAUUGCACCUAAAACAAGGAACCGAUCUAAAAGAACAAUUCAAUCUUCGUAAAUUACCCGGCAUCGGCAGUCACUUAUUCGAUAAAGACGAAGAGUCUGAAGAAGAAGAAGAAGAGGAAGAAGAGGAGGAAGAGGAGGAAUACGAAUACGAAGAAUUUGUCCGAAAAGAUGGUAAAUUCGCUAUAGAAAAAUCGAAACCUGGUCAAAAACGCGUACCACCCAAAAAAGAUAUAAAAUACCCGGCAAAACGUUCUGCAAGAGUUGAAAGAAGACCUUCACUGCAAGUAAAACCUCACGAAGACUUCGAAGAUCAAUUCGACGUCGAGUUACCAAAACCUUACGAACAACAUGCUCGUAAACUUCCCAAAAAGAAUGACAAAAGAUCAUCGCCAUUCCAGAUGAAACUACAGAAAGAUUUACGAUCUAAAUUCGCCUUAGAAUCUCCGAAACAAAAAAAAGGUGAAAAAUCAGACCUCAGUGAGACAAAAAAUACCAACGAUGGGAAGAGAAUAUCACCUUUGUUGAAAAACUACGAGAAAUUCGAGAAAGAAUUUUCUUCUAAAACGACGAAAAAAGACGAUAGACGCGAUUCGUCACCGUUCAAGCACUUGAAUAAAUCAGGGAUCGACGAUAAACCAACAUUGAGAAGACCUGAAAUACGAGCACGAUUUGUCGAGGUUCCAUCACCGAAAAGUCGUAAAAGAGGUCAUCUCGAGGGGUCGGAUAAUAAAGGUACUGCUUCGAGUAAUCCGAAUAUUUCUGAUGUUUUUGAAAUACCUUCACCUUCGUGCAUAUCGGAGAGAAAAGAAUCUAUUAAAAUUAUCAACGAAGUUGCUGAAUCGAGCAGAGAACGGUUGCCAGUUGGAGAAACUCGAGUUCAUUCGGCAUUCGAAAGUCCUAUUAUAUCGGUUGAAGGUACCUCUAGAGCGUUUGGUUUCUUGAAUAUGCCGGCUGAAUACGACAAGUGUUCGAAAUGCAGAAAAGAUCAACCGGUUGCAGCAAAACAGCAAAUUGAAGAAACUCAAGCUGCGGAGAGUAAUAGUAAGUUUGAAGAAGAAACGUCUCCGAUUAUAAAUUUUACUGGGCAUAAAAAUAAAUGAAGAAGAUUUAAGCCAGCUUAUAUAAUUGCCUUCGAGGGAUGAAUGCGUGUGUAAGUAAUUAUUGUUCUACAUACGUGAUUAGAUAGGUAGUAAAACCGAUCAUCGACCUUUUCUGUUUGAUUUUAUUCCUCUUUUUAAAAAUACAAAUUUUAAAAAUCGAAA